AUGUCAGACAAGACGUCUGUGGAAGUACUAGAUAGGACAAUGCGUGAUUUUCACAAUAAAAAUUCACCUAUGGGUGGAUGUACAAUUCUGUUUUUGGGAGAUUUCCGUCAAAUCCUACCAGUUGUGACUCGAGGAACACGUGCUGACGAAAUAAAAGCUUCGCUAAAAAGAUCUAACCUUUGGCCACAUGUCAAUAAAUUAGAAAUGUGUAUAAAAUGUGAGAACAGGCUAUUUCCAGAGAUUCUGCUAAAAAUUGAUGCGCCAACGAAAAUAUACUACUUGGUCGAUACUGUUCUGGAUUUGGAAGAAGCUGUUCAUUUUCCUACAGAAUUUCUAAACUCUUUGAAGUCGUCUGGACUCCCUCCUCACAAAAUAGUGUUGAAAGUAGGUUGCCCUGUUAUUUUAUUAAGAAACCUGAAUCCACCUAAACUUUGCAAUGGCACGCGUUUGCUGUAUCCGGAACCAAAGUCCAAAGUCCAACACUCGACACAGCAGCCAUUUCCCCCUCCGCACCCCAACACUGUCAAAACAACCCCUCCUCUUCAGUAUCUAUCUACCUGA